UAACAAUGGACGUGGAUGCCAUACUUCGUUCGCUUGGAAAAUAUGGCCGCUAUCAGACUUUACAGUUUGCCUAUAAUAUGUUCUGUAUGCCAAUGAUUACAUACUCUUUGGUGAUAUAUGUCUUCAUAGGUCAUAUUCCGGAUUUCCUCUGCAAGGUUCCAGCCGAGAAUAUAACAAAGUAUUACAGCCAGUCUGACAGAUUGGAGAACGCCACACUGUCUCCUCGUCAAUGUGACGUCAUCAUAGAGAUAAACCGGUCUGGUCUUGUAACCAAGGAUAACAUACUUUGCAGUGACGGUUACGAAUAUGUCGGACCCGCAACCGCCGCAUCAGAGUGGAAUCUGGUGUGCGAUUCGGAAGGACUCGGAAGUUUAAGUACCACAAUCACAGUGGUAGGAGGGAUGGUUGGCGCUAUUCUCUUUCCCUCGCUUGCAGACAAAUAUGGUCGUCUACGGAUAAUUUACACCACGUUCAUCUCUUUGUCAAUGUGUUUUGUAUUGGCGUCGAUUGUACCAUGGUUCAACGCCUUUGUCAUUUUAAGAUUUUUGACUGGGAUGUUUGGUGAAGGAUCUGGACUUGCGUUAGGAACACUUGUGAUAGAGUCAUUUCCGGCCGAAUCGAGAGGGACCGUGACCACUAUUGGAAACAUAGGAUGGGCGCUUUCUAUCUCGUCUUUGGCAUUGGUUGCUUUCCUUCUUCGACACGUGUCUUGGCGGUACACCAUGUUAGCUGCAGGUCUGAUUGGUGUCCACAGUCUCGGAACACGUUGGAUACUGCAGGAAUCUCUGCGGUGGCUUGUUGCUAAUGGUAGACAUAAAGAAAUUAAAGAGUGGAUUAAACGCGCUGCAAAAUGGAAUAAGAAAGACGCUUCCGACAUACUGGCGGCUAUGACGUCAGCGAAUGGGGAGGUUCAGGUGUUAGUGGAGAAUGAUAAUGACGUUAACGGACUCCAAUCUGACGACAAGAAACCGGGAACGAUCAACAAGGACUCACAUGGGCUGGAGAAAUUAUCAAUCAUGGAUAUCUUCAGACACAAACACAUUUUAUUGACUUCAAUCUUAGUGUGGAUUAUAUGUCACUGCAAUACUGUUCUAUAUGGUGCAAAGUUUGUGAAUAGUCUCACCUACUACGGGCUUUUCCUGACUUCCGGUUCUAUGAGUGGAAACAUGUACUUAAAUUUCUUUCUGAACGGUAUGGUGGAGAUUCCAUCUGUAUUCCUCUACAUGAAUAGCAUCAACAGGUAUGGAAGAAAGAAAACUUGUAUAAUGUUUCAUGCCAUUGCCGGAGUUAGUCUCUCAAUAUCUGCUAUCUUGAUUUUUAUAGGAGAUACACCGGUGAUAAAGGGUUUUGCCUCGGCCAUGAGCUUCGCCGGAAAGUUUGGGAUAUCUGGAUCGUAUAUGGCAAUCUUCCUAUACACACCGGAAAUAUAUCCCACAAAUUUAAGAGCUCUUGGUUUAGGCUUGGGAUCCACCAUGGCUAGAGUAGGAGGAAUGAUCUCCCCUUAUGCAGCUCUAUUUGGAUCCCACAUCUCAUGGGGACCGGGUGUCGUGUUUGGAUCGUUGUCAGUGUUAGUGACAAUUCUGUUUCUAUGGUUACCGGAAACAAAUGGGAGAGAACUUCCAGCCACCCUAGAUGAUCUCAAACAAUUCUAUAUCAUCAAGGCGAAUAAAAAAUGAGAGAUUUUAACACAACUCUGUAUGAUUGAAAUCUUAGAUACGGAUUUUCCUACACUUCAGUUUAAUAGGAAAUACUAUCAAGUUAGAAUGCUACUAUUUGUAUCAGUGCUGUUUAAACUCCAUGUAAACAUAAAUGAUUGAUAUAUUU